CGGAACAAAACCGGAAGUGCAGCAGUCUGAGGGGAAGAAAUCGAGGCCUAGGCCUCAGCUGCGAGGCCUUUCCUGCCAGGAGUAUGUCCCAGCAACCGCCGCCGCCCUUUCGCUUCUCGGGGCCGCCUCAGCUGCCCUGCUUCCCGCGGGGACACUUCCAAGGGCCGCCGCCUCCUCCUCCGGUGCCCCCUCAGGCGUUCCCUCCUUCCCCGGCCUUCCCUCCAUUCCCAGGCCUCGGUUCUCCCUCUUAUCCGCCUCCUCGGCCUCCAUUCCCGCCUCAGCUCCCCGGCCCUCCUCCGUGGCAGCAGGAGCGGCGGCCUCCUCCUUUCCAAUGGAGGCCUGAAGCCUCGGCCUCGAGUAGCGGCCCGAGGGGAAGCGGCGACAGCAGCAGCAGCGAGGACGAGGCAUGGCUCCGCCGCUUCGUGGCCCAGCGCCGCGCUUCUCCUCCGAAGCCAGCCCCGCCAGCCCCCCUCCGCUUCGGCCCCAACGAAGCCGGGCUCCUGGCCUCCGAGGCGCUUCGGCUGGUGGCCCGUGUGGCUUCGCUUUGCGGAGCCUGGCGGCGGAGGGACGACGAGGCCGAGGCCGGGGAGGUGGCCGAGGCCGAGGCGGGGAUGGCGGAGCUGCGGAGGACAGUGGCUCCUUUGCGGGAGACUUCUCCUUCUCCUCCUUUAGCGCAGCUCCGUCGUCGGCUGGAGAAGAGCCGCCAGAAGAGGCUGAGGCGCCGGCGGAGGAGGCAGGAAGCCCGGGCGGCCCGGCAAGAAGAGGAGGCCCGCGUGGCCGAGGAGGAGGCCCGCAUCGAGCGAUGGAGGGCCAGGCGGGCCCAGGAGGUCGAGGACCGGCACCGGGAAAAGGAGCUUAAAGCCGCCGCGGACAGCGUCUUAUCCGAAGUCAGGAAGAAGCAAGCGGACACGAAGCGCAUGGCGGAGAUCCUGCGCGGCUUGGAAAAGCUUAGGAAGCUCAGGAAAGAAGCAGCAGGGAGGAAAGGUGUUUGUCCGCCUCCUUCUGCAGAUGAGGCCUUUGAAAACGAGGUCCAGAGCUUAAGGGCCUUAAUCAAAAAGCGCACCGAACUCUAUGAAGCGGAAGAGCGUGCUUUGCGUGUGAUGCUGGAAGGGGAGCAGGAGGAGGAGAGGAAGAGAGACCUGGAGAGGAAGCAAAGGAAGGAAAGGGAGAAGCUCCUGCAGCAGAAGCGGGAGAUGGACUCCAAGCUGUUUGGAGAGCCAGAUGAAUUUCCCCUUGCUCACAUUUUGGAACCCUUUACCCAGUAUUAUUUGCAAGCUGAAUAUUCUGUGCCAGCUCUCAUCCAGAUCAGGCAUGAAUGGGAUCGGUACUUGGUGCCUGCAGAUCACCCAGAAGGACAUUGUAUCGCACCAGGAUGGGUCCUUCCCACUCCACCUUCAAAUGAUAUCUGGGCCACAGCUGUAAGAUGAUGUCUUUGAAGUCCCACUGGAAUGCAAAACAAUAGCAGCUCAUGAGCGAUCAAAUGCAGAAGUGUGGUGCUGAUUGUUAAAAGCGCCAGAGAGACCUGUCUCAGAUCUUCUCAUGUUUUAAUUUCUCAUUCAUCAUAAAUGGUAUGCCACUAGAGGUAUGUUAUUGUCUGUAGUGCAGCUGUGCACUUUAACAAUAAGAUAUCUUUCCUCAGAAGCAUUGAGUUUAUGGCAUGGGAAAUCAGAGAUUUUUAAACAACACCAAAGACUGCAAGUGAGCUCUUUGGAACUAUAUCCAAGUUUUCAAGUUACAGCUGUAGGAUGGGAGAGUUUUUUUUUUGUGGGGAGUAUCAGGGUUGGACACUAUUUAAAAACAAUUAAGUCCUCUGCAGUUACCUUGGCGUUAUGUAUAGUGAAUUAAAUGAGAGACGUAAGUAAUUGUCACCUCCUUCCAAGUUUGGUUUAGUGCUUUUAAAAGACAAAGCAGUAAAUUAGAGUAAAUUUAGAAUUAAUAGCAGUAUUGCCAUUUUGUGGGUGCAAAUUCCACUUAAAUACUUCACAGUAACAUAUGUAAAAUGCUCAGCAAAGUAUUUGAGAAGAGGUAGUAGCUGACGAUAUCUGUGUCAGUUUAAAAGUUCAUAUCCAUUGCCAAAGUUUAGGCUGGUGUUAAAUGAAAAAGCUUUUGUCAAAUGCUCGAGUGUCACUCUUACAUAGCAACAGCUAGACCUGUUUACUUGAAAUACUCGUUACAAAUACCAUUUUCUCCUUUGAAACAAAAGUUUUGUAAUGUCAAAAACAUAUCAGUUGUUCGUGGUUUUAUUUAAUUCUCACGUUCUGCUGUUUAACAUUUUGUAUUUAAAAAUAAAUAAAAGAACAUUUCACAUGG